AUGAAAUUCUACGUUUGGUGCAUGUCUGUGUCGAAUGUUCUGAUGGCCGUCGGGAAAAAGCUGUCCUUUAGACGCGUGGUCCUAUAUCUGGAGAACCUGUACCGUCUGCCCGAGGUGCCCAUUGAUGUGGAGUGGACCUUCUCCACACAGUGCCCAUUGAUGUGGAGUGGGGCCGGAUCUGUUUUCUUCAUGCUCGUGGCACUGGGGUUCCUGGAUCUCCAUGCCCGAGUUUGCACUGCACCCAUCUGUGCCAGCGGGCAGGUGGGAUGCCACGUCCUGUCACUGUCUGAUCUCUUCGAUCGGGUCAUCCAGCACUCUGCCCGGGUCCAUGGUCUCUCGAGUCACCUGCACUCAGACUUCGAGCAGUACUCUCUGCCCAGCAGAAACCACAUAGGCAGGGUCUUCCCUAGAUGCCACACGUCUAACAUACUAACACCAAAUGGCAAAGAGAAUGCACAGAAAUUGGCUCGUGAGGAGCUCACAGAGGUGAUCUUGAAGCUGCUGAUGGCGUGGAAGGAGCCGCUGGGGCAGCUGCACCAGAGCAUGGCCCAGGAGCAGGACGUCUUCAACAGCGUCAACAGCAACAAGGCUCUGGACAUGAGCAACAUGGUGCACGAGCUACGGAAGGGCGUCAAGAAGGUCGUCGAGAAGAUGCAGCACUUGGGGAUGAUCAGUAACUCUGUGAGUGGCGUGGCGACACCCGACUCCUUCCUGCCCUCCGCAGACAGCGGACAGCCCCAGGCGCAGGCGCGGGCACAGCCCCAGGCACAGCCCCAGGCGCGGACCCGGGACAACCACAUGCUCCUCUUCUGCUUCCGCAGGGACUCCAACAAGGUCCAGAACUACCUGAAGAUCCUCAAGUGCAGGAUUGUACCAGAGCAUGGAUGCUGAACACACAAACACGCACACACACACACAGACACAGACACACACGCACAGACAGACAAACACACACAGGUACACACACACACACGCACACACACACACAGACACACAGAUUUAUGGACACCAGCACUGACAGAAAAGCUCUCAGAAGCCUUCAACCGAUUGAAAACUGGAUAGACUUUUUCCAAUCUUUCCAAUAAUGAGAGCAACUUCUCCAGCUACUGGUUGUAGUAUUUAUUUGUUUAUGUAUUCAUUUAUUCAUUUAUCUUAACACAUGAUUCACAUUAUCAAGGUUUUUGGUAUGGAAUUCAAAGAAGAAAGUAUUGAGUAAAAUAAAUGACACACUGGGCACUGAUGUGCCAUGAAAAAGGGCUUAUGAACAUCAUGAACAGCAAUGGGAAAUUCAAUAUAAAUUUUGAAUAAAUGCUUGGUUACUUCAGCAUAUUCAAUUGCUUCAUUACUAGAUUAACCAUUCUUUUUCAUGUUU